UUAAGAACACCUUGAAUGGUAUUUUCUUCAAAAAGAAAUAAAAAAGAUUUAUAGCUCUCCCCCGAACGUUCAAAAAUAGAAGUUCCCUCUUCUUGAAUCGCUGUUUUCCAGGAACGGGAUUAUUUCCUUCCUUUUCUUCAAUGAAUAUCGAAGCCUCUGACCAGCACUCUAAUGAAAGCCACUAAUUAUGUGUAAAUGAUUUUAAAUUUCGGUAAAUUUUAGGGGAGUCUCACCCUCGCAUUCCUCUACUAAGAUGGCUUCUGCAACUCUUCCCAAUUCUAUUUCAGUUUCUCCUUCCUCUUUUCAUCCUGAAAGUACGGUUGGCGGAUGGGCUUUUAGUUUGAGGAGGCAUGGCUCCUUAGCUACUGGUUUUCCCAUGGACAACAUCAAUAACCUGCAACCAAAAGGCAUUAUGCGUAGGAGCAUUGCAAGUAUUCAAAGGGAUAACAUAAGCACCAAUACUUGGACCUCUACUUCCCCAUCAAUUCAAAAGGAAUCUGCCCCUUUGCUCGAUACACUCAAAGCUUCUGCCUCACUAGAUGUUGCUGGCUUUCACUUCCCAGGACAUAACAGGGGUGGAGCUGCCCCACCUUUAUUAUCUGAACUUAUUGGAAUGGAGACAUUCAAACAUGACUUGCCUGAGCUUCAAGAGCUAGACAACCUCUUUGCACCAACAGGACCCAUACUCCAUGCCCAGAAACAAGCUGCAGAGUUAUUUGGGUCAUCUGAGACAUGGUUUCUAGUUGGGGGAACCACUUGUGGGGUCCAUGCAUCGAUCAUGGCCACAUGUUCACCUGGAGACAAUCUCAUUCUCCAAAGAAACUCACAUAUAUCCGCAAUAUCUGGCAUGGUUUUCUCAGGCGUGAUGCCAAAAUAUAUAAUACCCGAAUAUAAUUCUCGAUGGGAUAUUGCUGGAACCAUUGAUUUAUUGAAAGUGAAGAAAGCCUUUAGUGAUCUCAAAGAUCAAGGUAGGAAAGUUGGGGCUGUGUUGGUCACCUCACCUACUUACCAAGGUGUUUGUUGCGAUAGCCUAGAGAAAAUUACAGAUUUUUGCCAUCUUAAGGGUGUUCCUGUCAUUGUGGACGAGGCGCAUGGGGCCCACUUCAAAUUUGACCCCACCCUACCAAAAACAGCCCUAGAGCAAGGUGCUGACUUGGCUGUGCAAUCAACCCACAAAGUUUUAUCUUCGCUCACUCAGUCCUCAAUGCUCCAUGUUCAAGGAGAAUUGGUGGAUAGGGGGAGAGUGGGGCGGUGCCUUCAAGCACUUCAAAGCAGUAGUCCAAGCUACUUGCUUCUUGCUUCGUUAGAUGCUGUGAGAGCUCAAUUGAGCAAGAAACCAGAUACCAUCUUUAAGGAAGCGAUUGCUUUGGCCCGUGAAGCAACAUUGGGAAUUCUAGAGGCUUCGUGUGUCUCAGUUUUGAGCUCUAAAGACUUUGUGGGCUCUCCAAAAGUGGACCCUUUACGUGUUACAGUCGGGGUUUGGGAGCUUGGGUUAUCAGGCUAUGAGGCAGAUGAUAUCCUGAUCAAGAAAUAUGGGGUCAUUUCUGAGUUAGCAGGGGCACGUUCCCUUACCUUUGCCGUUACUCUUGGAUCAUGUAGAGAGCAUGUGAAGAAGCUUAUACAUGCAAUUGAGAGCUUAGCUUGGCGCUCCCUAGGAGAGAAUGAGCUCGAUUCUGAUAGGAGAAAGGGGAAUGAGGUUAAUGAAUGCUUUCCCUUUCACCAUAUACAUAUAGCAAUGAGUCCAAGGGAUGCAUUCUUUGCGAGUAAGACGAGAGCUAACCUUGAAGAGAGCAUUGGAAAAAUUUGUGGUGAGAUCAUAUGUCCUUAUCCACCAGGUAUUCCUUUGCUUUUUCCUGGUGAAAUUAUCUCUGAGAGAACUUUGGCAUAUCUAAUGGAUAUAAGGGAUGGAGGUGCUGUAAUCAGUGGAGCAGCUGACCCUCAUCUCUUGUCCAUACUUAUAUGUGACGUUUAAUUGAACAAGAUAUGCUUAUAUGAAAAGAAAAUGAUGUAAGUAUUCAUAUUAUGCAUCAUUCUUCAAUGUAUUCAUGACAAUGUUUUUUAGUGAUGAAACUCCUUUGGUUGGUCUGGGAUGUUUUUAUCACCAUUUGCAGUUGA